GUUGAAAGAUGGCGGCCGAAAUGAAUGGACUCAACGGAUCGACCUCUGCCAAAACAUCAAAUCUUGAAGGCUUUAUAGCGACGCAAAUACGUCAGCAAGAGGUAUAUUCCGUAUAUUCCUUUUUUAAAUGCUUAUACUAUAUGUUAUGUUCUUAGAUAUUUUUAUUAUGAUAUGGUUAAUUAUAAUUUCAUAACUCUGUUUAUCGUUAUAAGUAUAAGUUAUAUUUAAAUAGUAUAUACUAUAUUAUAUUAUAUAAAUAUAAUAUAGGCUAUAGGCCUAAUUAAAGUGAGUAAAUAAAUUAACAGUAAUUCAUUAUACAAUAAAAACUUAAAAGUAAUCAUAGUAACUAGAGUGACUUUUUGUCUGGUGUAGUCUACUAUUAUAAUAUUAUGCCAAAUGCCCAUGCCAUGAUGCCGCCCAUGCCCUAAGCCCAGUUUUAUAUUAACAUUAUUAUGAAUGAUUGAUUGACAAUAGCAACCAUUAGUGUCAUUAGUAUUAGUAAUACAGUAUUAGUAAAAAUGCAGUGAUUAGAUUUUUCCAAUCAUAAUCAUAGUAUCUUAUUCAAAGAAUUAUUAUAUUAUUAUUAUUUUUAAUGGUCUUAUAAUUGUCAUGAUGUAAUAACAUAAUGUGUAAGUGUAAACUUACUUUUUUUGUACUCAAAUUUUUAUUGGAAUAAUUAUAAUUAAAUAACUGCUGGUAGUUGGUCUAUUAGUUGGUUAGUAGCCAAUUCAAAUAUUUGAAAUUACAAAUUGAUCUACAAUUGUUGGCAAAAUUAAAAGUAGGCAUUAUUAAUUCACUUUAAUUUAUCUUAAUGUUAAGUUAUCUUUAUGAAUUUUUUUUGUUUAAUUCUGAGUUAGAGAUUAUUAAAAUGAAAUAAAAAGCAGUUUACAUCAAUAAGGGCAUACCUAGGGGUUUUUUUUAUUUUAAAGACAGUAUGUGCAGAAGUCUAGAAAGGCACACUUAUGAAGCUAAAGGAUUUGAAUUAAAUGUAUAAGAAACUUAAAUAUGUUUUUUUAAUUAAUUUUUUAAUUACAUUUUCUGCACAGACUUUCUUUUGCAUAAUUCAUUUUAAGAAAUAUUAAAUUAAUUUCUAUUUUCAGUGUGUUUAAACUUAUCUUUGAAAGAAAUCCUUUUUCAUCUACUUUUUAGCAAUAAAAUUUUAAUCUUUAAAUUGUCAACAAAAGAUGAAUUAUAUAAAUUUGUAAACAACAAAUGCGCACAAAAUUCGAUUAAAGUGACUAUACUUUUUUCUAGGCAUAAAACUAAAAAGUAGAAUUCAAUAAAUCACAAUUCCUAAUGCACAUUUUAUUUCCAAUAGAAAAAAUUUCAGAAUGACAAUCUGGACAAAGAAAAGAGAGACAGAUUUAUUGCAAGAGCAUUGGCUGUUAGUAGAAAGUAAGUGUUGUUAAAUAUGAUAGCAUGUUAAGUUAGAAAAUUGUAUCCUGAGUGUUUACACAAUCAUAAUAUUUCAGGUUUAUUUUGUACAUUAGUGGAGUAAAAUAAUAGUGAAACUUAUGCUUUAAUUUGCUACUCUUGUUCUUCAUAUGCAUCCAAAAUUAAAUUACAUUUUGUUACUCUCAUCCAGAAUGAACAAAGAAAUAGAGAAAUCUAGAGACAAAAGUGAUCAACUUUAUGAUGAAUUAGGCCAAGAGAGAAUGGAUGUUUGGAGAAGUGAACAUGCUGAAGAGGUAUUGACAGCACAACAAACAGAACUUGUGACUCUUUCUUACCCUCAGAUCGACAAGUGACCUGAUUCAUUUAAAUCAACACACCAUUGUGCAGCAGAUUGGGAGUUCACUAGUUCUUAUUCUCUCUUAAUUAGUUUUUUGUUUUAGUUUCUUAUCGUGCCCAAAGCCUUUAUUUUGGAUAUGACAGAUUAUAUUUUCUAAAUUUAUUUUUGACAAUUAAACAACUAAAUAUUGACAAGAAAUUUAUGUUACUGCUUAUCUUUUUAAAAGAUAGCAUAAAAUCUUUUAAAACAGCAAGUCAAAACUUAUAAACUAACAGCUAAAUUUAAAGGGGCCGUCUCCUUGCGUUUGUAAAACAAUUUAAUGUGUCUCAUUUUUAACAUUUCCUGUUCUGAAUUUGGAAUGCCAUAUGUUAAAAGCUGUAAUUUAAAAAGAAUAUGAAAUAGAUUUAAUACCCCUAAAAAUAAUGAUCUCAUUCUUCAACUCAACACUAAUUUUGUCUCAUUUUGUACAUAUCCCU